AUGGGAAGAAGAAAGUUGACAAUCAAGAGACUUGAAAGUAUGAAAGCAAGGCAGACAAAAUAUUCAAAGAGAAAAGUAGGAUUGCUGAAGAAGGCUAAAGAACUUUCAGUGCUUUGUGACACUGAUUUAGCCCUUCUCAUGUUCUCCCCCACCGGAAAACCAUCACUCUUUAUUGCCCACAACAAGGAUCUGAGCAAUGUGUUGGAGAGACUGUCAAAAUUGUCUGUUGAAGAUCGUGAAGAGAGGAGAGGCUACACUAUGAAGUUGUUGAAGAAAAUAUAUGCCAACUCUGACAUUGAUCCAAGAAAUUUCUCACUGGACAGAAAUGAUGCACUCAAGUUGCACGAAGAUCAGCUUAGGGAGCUGAAACAAAAACUUGCUGAGAAAAGCAGAAUAUUGAGGGAAUGGAAGAAUCCACAAAAUGUGAAGGACCUUGCACAAAUCAAAAUUAUGGAGGAGCAUCUCAUGGGUUAUCUUAAUAAAAUCAUAUUUAAAAAGAGACAACUGUUGCUGGAGCAGCAGCAGAAAUUUGAAGCGCCUCACCAGGCAUCUGAGGACCAGCAAAUAUAAUAAUACACUAUUCUUCACAGCCUGGCACCCUCCUGGCUUAAUCCUCGCAAGACAUGCAAAGUGGCGCCAUGUAUCAUUUAUGGCUUCUAUCAAAUAUAAAUGAUGAGCUUCAUUUUGAAUUAUAUUGACAAUGCAACUGGCUUCCCAUUUACU